AUGUUGUUUUUACUUGACCAGGCAGGUACCAGGAUUUCCGACCACAGAUCAGUACUUUCAGUACUUUCAUUAAGUAAACAAUCAAUUAACAUGCCACCCAAAGUAGGAACUAAAGGAGCCAAGAAGGCCGUCACCAAGGCAAAGACUGCCAGACCCGGCGGUGAUAAGAAAAGGAGGAGGAAGAGACGUGAAUCCUAUGCUAUCUACAUCUACAAAGUCUUGAGACAAGUUCACCCCGACACCGGAGUGUCCUCAAAGGCAAUGUCCAUCAUGAACAGCUUCGUCAACGAUAUCUUCGAGAGAAUCGCAGCAGAGGCUUCCCGAUUGGCACACUACAACAAAAGAUCUACCAUCACAUCCCGGGAGAUCCAGACCGCUGUCCGUCUUCUCUUACCCGGAGAAUUGGCCAAGCACGCUGUCAGUGAAGGUACCAAAGCCGUCACUAAAUACACCAGCAGCAAGUAA